AUGAAUCUACUCAAGACUGGCACUUGGAGAAACAACACUGCACCUUCCUGGCUUCUGAAAUUCAGUUUUCUUUGGCUGUUUAGUCAGAACUGUUGUAGAGCGAGUGCUGGUUGGACAGCGUACAUGAACAUAUCAUUCCACAUUGGGAAUCGCAUGGUGUCAGAGUUGGGGGAGACUGGAGUAUUUGGAACAAGCUCUGCUUUGAAGAGAAUGAUGGGAGUGAUAGUGCCACCAGAGGGAAAAACCCAAAAUGCAUGUAAUCCCAAUACCAGUUUCAGCCGAUCAAAGAACUCAGAGAAGUGGCUCGCACUUGUUGAACGAGGAGGUUGUACCUUCACACAGAAAAUUAAGGUGGCAACCGAGAAGGGAGCCAGUGGAGUGAUCAUCUAUAACUUUCCAGGAACUGGCAAUCAGGUUUUCCCCAUGUCUCAUCAAGCAUUUGAAGAUAUCGUUGUGGUGAUGAUUGGUAACUUAAAAGGCAUGGAAAUUUUGCGUUUAAUUCAGAAGGGAGUUUACGUCACAGUCACGGUUGAAGUAGGGAGAAAACGCAUCCUAUGGAUGAAUCACUACUUUGUUUCUUUCAUGAUCGUCACAAGCACUAUGUUAAUAUAUUUCAUCUCUUAUCAUAUUCGAAGACUUUGGGUAGCAAGGAUUCAGACCAGGAGGUGGCGGCGAUUAACAACAGAUCUCAAGAAAGCAUUUGGCCAGCUCCAAGUUCGGGUAUUAAAAGAGGGGGAUGAGGAAGUAAAUCCAAAUGGAGAUAGCUGCAUAGUUUGCUUUGAACUUUAUAAGCCUAAUGAUACAGUUCGUAUUCUGACUUGCAAACACUUUUUCCACAAGAAUUGCAUUGAUCCCUGGAUUCUAGCCCAUGGGACAUGUCCCAUGUGUAAAUGUGACAUCCUUAAAGCUUUGGGGAUUCAAGUAGAUGUUGAAGAUGGAACAGAAUCUUUGCGAGUUCUAAUGUCCAGUGAGUUACCUGAGACCCUAUCACCUAAUGAAGCGGAGACAAAUAUUGAGCCUCCUUCAGCAAGAAUGUUAGAUAAAGUGACCCAUGUGCAGGAGAACCCUACUUCACAGAAUGACAACCAGCCUAAUUCAGGAAGGGACGAUAUCCAUCCUUCACCUUUAGCAUGA